UUGACAUCAUGUAUCUAUUGUAUUAAGGUUUACAUUUAUUCAUGUGUUGUGUCAACAGUAAAGACGCUAAUUUCUACAAUUAUUAAAUAACAAUUCAUAGUGUUUCAUACGUAAAUAGAAACUAAUUAAAGCUGAUAAAUAAUAAAUAGCAAUACAGUUUUAAAAGGCAAAGGUCUAAACUACAUUAAGUAUUAUAUUAAAUUACUUUAAGAUUAUAGUGCCACUCCCUAGCUUAUAUGGUCAAAUAUAAUAUGCUUUUAUAUGUAAUUAAGUUCUUUCAACAUUGUUCUUCAUCAAAACGGCUAAUUUCUUUCUUAAAUUAUUUAUAUUAUUUUUGUCAUAAUUAAUAUAAAUUAUAUUAAAGUGAGAUUACCAUUAAUUUGAUAAAUCUAUAAUCUUUCAAUUAUAUUGAAGUAAUAAUGUAUUGUGUAUCAGAGAUUAUAACAUACAUUCUUAUUGUAACAAGUUAUACAUUUGCACAAAAUGUCUUAUAUGGAGAACAAUAUCAGUGUCCACAACAUUGGAUAAAAUUUCAAGAAUCAUGUUACCGUUUCAUAAAGAGUCCUAUUAGGGACAGACAAGAAGCUAAAAAAAAUUGUGAAGCUUAUCAAAGUGAUCUUACUACAAUUAAUUCCUUAGAAGAACAUGGAUUUAUAUUAUAUCAUUUAUUAUGGCAAGAUCCACAACAUCAUAAAUGGUAUACUGGUAUAAAAUAUCAAAAUGGAAAUUGGAUAAACGAAGCUGAUAAUACUCAAUUAUUAAAUAUGGAAAAUGCAUUUUUACCUGAACCAGUUGAUAAUACACUUGGAGGAGAUUAUUUAGUGUAUUCUUAUCAUAAUAAUUUACAACGAUGGGGACUGGAAAAAGUAAAUGGUAGAGAUAGGUUCUUAUACAUUUGUGAAGCACCAAUUUCUAAUUUGCAUAACUUAGUAGAUGAUGAUCGUACUUAUCAAUAUGGUAUUGAAAUUGAUAAUCCUCGUGAAAUUCCUAGAGGACCAUAUUUUAUCAAGCAACCUACUGAUAAAGUAUUUGAUCUGUCAAAAAGAAAAAUAAACAAUGAUGUUGCACUGAGUUGCUUAGCAGGUGGUUAUCCUGCACCAACAUAUGAAUGGUUCAAAGAAGAUUAUGAGAAUGACAGACUCAUUGCAACAAAAAUAGAUCCACUAAAUAAUAAUAGAUAUACAAUCAGUGGUGGCACAUUAAUUAUUUAUGAACCUGAUCAGACAGAAGACAGAGGUUCAUACCACUGUAAAGCAACCAAUAAAUUUGGUACAAUUAUAUCUGAAAGUGUGGAACUGUCAUUUGGGUAUAUAUUGGAAUUUAAUUUAAAACGUUCAGAAGAACGUGGAGAACAAAAUUGGGGUAAAGUUGUAUAUUGUGAUCCACCACAACAUUUUCCAGGAGUCAAAUAUUAUUGGGCACGUGACUAUUUCCCCAAUUUUGUGGAAGAAGAUAAACGUGUUUUUGUUUCUCAUGAUGGGGCACUUUAUUUUUCUGCAUUGGAAAUGAUUGAUCGUGGCAAUUAUUCUUGUAAUGUUCAAAGUGUUGCCUCUGAUACUGGUCGUAAUGGGCCAUUUUUCCCUUUGAGGGUUGACUCACAUUCCUCCUUCCAACAAUUAAAGUUCUCUGGUAAUUUUCCAAAGGCAUUUCCAGAUGCUCCAAUUGCAGGAGAGGAAGUUAGACUUGAAUGUGUUGCAUUUGGAUACCCAAUUCCAUCAUACAAUUGGACAAGAAGAGGUGCAUCACUGCCACGUGGAUCAUACACAACUAGUUAUAAUCGAGUAUUAAUAAUUCCAAAAGUACAUGUUGAUGAUCAAGGAGAGUACACUUGUAGAGUUUAUAAUGACAGAUCAGCAAUUGAAAAUUCUGUAAGACUAACUAUUCAAGCAGCUCCGAAUUUUACAAUUCCAUUAGUAGAUAAACAUAUGGAUAAUAGAGGAGAGUUAACUUGGACUUGUGAAGCAUUUGGAAUACCAGAUGUUUCUUAUAGUUGGUUUAGAAAUGGUGAAAUGUUAAAUAUGGAAACACUUCCCUCACAAGAUAGAGAUCGAUAUUCUAUACAAGAUAAUGUCUUAAGUAUAAAAUAUUUAGAUCCAGAGCGAGAUCAAGCUAUGUAUCAAUGUCGUGCAAGAAAUCAGUUAAAAACAAAGUAUUCAUCUGCACAACUUCGAAUUUUAUCAUUAAAACCAUCUUUUAAAAAACGGCCUAUGGAACCCGAGACUUACGCAGCAGAAAAAGGUAAUGUCACAAUAUUCUGCAAUCCUGAAGCUGCACCUAGACCAAAAUUUGUCUGGAAGAAAGAUGGAAAUGUGAUUGGUUCUGGUGGUAGACGUAGAAUUUUAGAAACUGGUAAUCUAAUAAUUAGCCCAGUAUCAAGGGAUGAUGAAGGCACAUAUAUUUGCACUGCAACAAAUCAAUAUGGAAGCGAUGACACUCGUGGACGAUUAAUAGUAUUACGUGGUCCACAAUUUAUUGAAAAGUUACCACAACAUGUUACAAGUGCAGUGAUGCAAAAUCAAACACUGCGUUGCAUGGGGGAAGUAGUUGAUGAAAUGCUAGAUGUAGCUUAUAUUUGGAAACAUAAUGGUUUACGUAUCAGAGACGAGGAUUUAAUAAAUAAUCCUAGAUUGCAUAUUGACGGAGAAGAACUUAAUAUAAUAAACGCUACAUUCGCAGAAGCAGGAGAAUAUCAGUGCAUAAUUAAAAGUGCAGUAGGCGAAAUUUCUAGUAAAACGACAGUUACAAUAGAGGGACCACCAGGACCACCUGGUGGUGUACAAGUUGUAAAUAUUGUAAAAACUUCUACAACUUUACGUUGGACUGAUGGUGCUUUUAAUGGCAAACCCAUUACUAUGUAUACUGUAAGCGCAAGAACAAAUUGGAAUCACACAUGGUCUAAUAUCAUAGAAAAUAUAACUGCUGUUGAAGUAGAUAGAUAUAAUGGUAGAAAAGAGGCUUAUUUGGAGAAUGUUUUAAAUCCUUAUACUACAUAUGAGUUCUGUGUAUCUGCUUUUAAUGAAUUAGGAUACAGUUUACCAUCAUCACCCUCCCCACAGUACAGUACACCACCUGAUAAACCAACAAAAGUUCCAUCCAACAUAGGCGGAGGAGGAGGUAAAAUCGGAGAUCUUACAAUAACAUGGGAUCCUUUACCAUCAUCUGAACAAAAUGGUCCAGGAAUCUACUACAAAGUUUUCUGGCGUCAAAAGUAUCACGAAACCGAGUUUCAGUCAUUAUCUUUGAAAGACUAUGGUAAUGCUGGGAGAAGUGUUGUUCAGAUACAACAACAAUAUUAUUACACAGAAUACGAAGUUAAAGUCCAAGCUGCUAAUGCAUUAGGUUUUGGACCAAUUUCUAAUGCAGUUACGAUAUUUAGUGCUGAAGAUAUGCCCCAAGUAGCUCCACAACAAGUUGUAGCACAUGGCUACAAUAGUACUAGCUUAAAAGUUAGUUGGUUGCCAAUUGAACAGACACGUGAAAGGAUACGGGGCAAAUUAAUAGGCCAUAGAAUAAAGUAUUGGAAGGAAAGUAAUAAAGAGGAAGAUGCAGUAUAUUACUUAUCUCGAAGUGCAAGACCUUGGGCUCUUGUAGUUGGUUUGCAACCUGAUACUUAUUACUAUGUUAAAGUCAUGGCGUAUAAUUCUGCGGGAGAAGGUCCUGAAAGCGAACGAUAUUUAGAAAGAACUUUCCGUAAAGCACCGCAAAAACCACCAUCUUCUGUCAAUGUAUAUGGAGUAAAUCCUUCAACAGUUCGGGUUGUUUGGCGUUAUGUACAACCAAGUUUAGAAGAAGAACCAUUAAUAGGUUAUAAAAUACGUGUUUGGGAGCUAGACCAAGAUAUGAGCACCGCGAAUGAUACUAUUAUACCAGGUGGCUCGAAAUUAGAAGCUUAUAUCACAAAUCUCAGCCCUGGAAAGGCAUACCACUUACGUGUACUUGCAUUUAGCAAUGGAGGAGAUGGACGAAUGUCGAGUCCAACUCAUACAUUCCAAAUGGGCGACGCAGCUGCUUUCAGAAGCAGUGCUGGUAAUAAAAUUUUGGAUGCUGCUUUAGGUAUAUCAUUGUUAUUAUUAUUGAGAAUUUAUGAAUACAUAUAGUAUGAGUAUAAGAUA